GACUCGGUCUCUUUCCUCUCGGAGUGGCUGAUGGAGCCACAUUGACUCCACGGAGCAGAAGUCGUAGCAGCUAGACGUCAGGAGUCGACCUGAAGACACCAUGGGGAUUAAGUUUUUGGAAGUCAUCAAGCCUUUCUGUGCAGUCCUGCCAGAGAUUCAGAAACCAGAAAGAAAGAUUCAAUUUAGAGAAAAAGUACUAUGGACCGCUAUCACGCUAUUCAUCUUUCUGGUGUGCUGCCAGAUCCCACUCUUUGGCAUCAUGUCGUCAGAUUCAGCAGAUCCUUUCUACUGGAUGAGAGUUAUCCUGGCUUCUAACAGAGGUACUCUGAUGGAGCUUGGUAUCUCACCCAUUGUCACCUCAGGACUCAUUAUGCAGCUUCUGGCUGGUGCAAAGAUCAUCGAGGUGGGAGAUACUCCCAAGGACAGAGCUCUCUUCAACGGAGCUCAGAAAUUGUUUGGAAUGAUCAUCACCAUUGGACAGGCCAUAGUGUAUGUUAUGACUGGCAUGUAUGGAGAUCCUUCAGAGAUGGGUGCUGGUAUAUGCCUGCUUAUUAUCAUUCAGCUCUUUGUUGCAGGUCUGAUAGUCUUACUGCUGGAUGAGCUGCUCCAGAAGGGCUAUGGUCUGGGUUCUGGUAUUUCUCUCUUCAUUGCAACAAAUAUCUGCGAGACCAUUGUCUGGAAGGCCUUCAGUCCCACCACUGUCAACACUGGCAGAGGUACUGAGUUUGAGGGAGCCAUCAUCGCUCUCUUCCAUCUGCUGGCCACUCGUACAGACAAGGUGCGCGCCCUGAGAGAGGCUUUCUACAGGCAAAACCUGCCCAACCUCAUGAACCUCAUUGCCACCAUCUUUGUGUUUGCAGUGGUCAUAUACUUCCAGGGCUUCAGAGUGGACCUGCCCAUCAAGUCGGCUCGCUACCGUGGUCAAUACAACACGUACCCCAUCAAACUGUUCUACACCUCCAACAUCCCCAUCAUCCUGCAGUCUGCAUUAGUUUCCAAUCUGUACGUCAUUUCCCAAAUGUUGUCAACACGUUUCAGUGGCAACUUCCUGGUCAACCUCCUGGGAACCUGGUCUGACACAUCGAGCGGAGGACCAGCUCGGGCCUACCCAGUAGGCGGUCUCUGCUACUACCUUUCUCCUCCGGAGUCGUUCGGUUCUGUCUUAGAUGACCCAGUUCAUGCUGUCAUCUACAUCUUCUUCAUGCUUGGCUCCUGUGCCUUCUUCUCCAAGACCUGGAUCGAGGUCUCAGGAUCCUCAGCCAAAGACGUGGCGAAGCAGCUGAAGGAACAGCAGAUGGUGAUGAGAGGACACAGGGAGACCUCCAUGGUGCAUGAACUUAACAGGUACAUCCCCACAGCUGCUGCUUUCGGAGGGCUCUGUAUAGGAGGCUUGUCUGUCAUGGCAGACUUCCUGGGAGCCAUCGGAUCGGGUACAGGAAUCCUCUUGGCCGUAACCAUCAUUUACCAGUACUUUGAGAUCUUUGUGAAAGAGCAAAGUGAAGUCGGCAGUAUGGGAGCACUUCUCUUCUAAAAGCAAAAACACGCCAAUCCUGUGACACACCUCAGACACAAAGAAUCCACUUUUGUUAUUUUUUUAAUUUUGCCUUUUGUUUUGCAGUUUGCUCAGUGAAUUUUGCAGCAGAGAUGUGUAAUUUUGACUCCUGUCUUUGUCCACACCGUACUGCUCUCGCUUGAACAAACGGUUAUUCCAGGUUGAGCAAAGUGAUGUGUUCAGUUCUCUUGAGUAGUGUUGCCAUGUCCCUGGCGGCUGCCUGGAUCCCCUCUGACUGUCUUAUCAGCCAAAUAGAAAAUAAAGCACACAAUCACGAGGGGGUGUCUGUGACUUACCUCAGGCAUUGUUCAUUGUAGGCAACUUUAAAAGUGACACGUUGCGCCGUCUUUAGCUGAAAGCAUUCUGCCUGAAAAUUUCAGCGGGGUUGAUUGAUAGUCAUAUCAUGUUCAUCUGUCAAUGCCCGACGUUCCUAAAGUCCUAACGUAGGAUGUAAAAAGCACUACGUUGAUGUGCUGGUUCUUCUCAUGUUUCUGGUUGAUAAAACUAUCAGCGAUGCUCAUUUACUUUUUUAUAUUUUCAUUUUUAAUCACAGACUGUUUCAAAUCUCUCUGGUCCUACCCAAGGUACAGCGUGUGUCCACCGGCUCGUCAAAGAAAAGUGUUCGUCUGUCGUUGUGCUCUUUUUUUUUUUGUUUCCUAGACUAUGAUGGUCGGGAUGAGGGUGGGUUUGAUAGGGCUGGAACAAAAGACGGGGAUUCAUUUUGUUUUUACUUUA